AUGACGGAGGCGGCGAUAAGGAAGAAGCCCGGGAUGGUGAGCGUCAAGGAGAUGCCGCUGCUGCAAGACGGACCGCCUCCAGGGGGCUUCCCACCCGUUCGCUACGCGCGUAGGAUCCCUACUAAGGGGCCAAGCGCCGCGGCCAUUUUCUUCGCCACCUUUGGGGCAUUCGCCUGGGGCAUGUACCAGGUUGGCCAGGGCAACAAGAUCCGCCGGUACGCUUCUUCCUAUCGAUGCCUUACUCACUUUAUGCCUGCUACCAUUAACCUGACCUGUUCAUUUCGCUCCGCUCCUAUUAGUGGGGGUUGAAUUUAUUAUGUCUCACAUUUCCCAUUUCUCCCCGACAUUUGAUUAUCGUUGAAUACAGAUCAUCAGUUUUUUUCUGUUGUUCAUCCGUUGUUUGGUGUUUUAUUUAUCUUCCGAUGCUUUACGGGGAAGGACGAGGAGAUUGUUUGGGAUCCUUCAGAGAUCUCAGUGUUGUUUUGAUACUAUUGGUGUGUUGCAAGUACGAUUUUGUUUUCAUCCUCGACUGCAUUUUUGUCCUCUCCCAUUUUUUUGUUGAAUUCUGAAGUUUGCUUUCUAUUGUUUGCGUGCAGUAGUCUUCGUUUUACCGUCCCUGCCUUCUUGUUUUCUCAUUUUAACGUUUCAAUCCAGUAUCCCUUUUCGAGCUUUUCUUUCCGUAAACUUUGGGUUUCAGGACCAAAACUGUCGAUAAUUGAUUGGUUUUUUUAGUUUGGCAUUGUAAAUUCGUUUUAAGGUUACAUUUGUGGUGGGGCUCAUGCUUAAAGGAAUUUUCUUUAGGUUGGUAGUUUUUGUAGCUGGUUAGGUAUUUCCCUCAGUGAACUAACCGGUUUUCAGUCAACUCGUUACAUUAAAUCAGCUAUGGCACCACCACAAUUCAGGGAAGAAUAUGCAGUGGUAGACUCUAUGGAUGAGGAAUUUUUUCGAACGGAAGCACAGAGAAUGUGUGGAUUGAAUGGUGUUUGACAAGUUUUAACUGCCACUGAGGGCAUGGUCCGCCUUUGAUUAUAUUGUAUACCUAAAGUGAUGCAGAGAGAGAGAGAUCAUGUAGAUUGCAUGCUGCAAUAGCGUCUAUGGAUGCCUUCAUUCAAGCUUUCAUUACGCUCGCCAUUAAUAGGAAACACUUUGAGUCAAUCAAUACAUUUUGAAGCUGUAACUGUUCUCUUAUGCUUCUGGCGAUGGAGUGAGGAGUUAGGUUCAUUCUUGUUUAUUGAUGUCGUUGGUAAAAGUUCAGUAGGAUGCCUCGUAGGCCAUUCAUUUUGCCCAUGAUCCCAUCUUACUUCCUAAGUCUGUAUAGUUUUUUCCAUUAGUGCUUGAUUUUUCUUUGGAAUAAAGAAAGGGAGCAGCAUUCAGCAGUGUUUGUAUGUAGGAGUAGACCACUUUUGUAUGCACAUUGGCUCGAUUCUUGAGGUUUAAAAAGAGGAGGAAUGUGGGAUUAAUGGAUUUGGUUUAUUCACAUUCGGUAUCCCAUUCAUCUGACGUCAAAAAUUACAGAGGAAAUGAUCCCUCCCCUCUGUAAAGGAGAAAAAAAGGGGUUUCGGUGUUGAGGAGUAGUUGCAGGAGAGUUCCUACGCUGCUCUUCUACGGGAGCGCCAGCCUCAUGAUAAAGCAUUUCUAAUUGAACACACCCAUGAUUCCCUCCCACCAUCGAACAUCAUUAUUAAAUUCUCUCUCUCUCCCUCUCUCCCCCUCUUCCUCUCUCUCUUUCUCCUUCCCCACAUUCUUGCAUUAGAUGAUGAGGCAUCAAAGAUUUGCAAGGUUCUUAUUUUUCCGUUUGAAUCCAUGUGGCUGUGCCAUUUCUUGGCGUUCCUUUUGUUUCCAUUUUAUUGUUUUUGCUCCUGAAACAGGGUUCCUUUUCAGUGACCUUAUAUGCAGACUUGUCAUUCCACUAUGAUCACACGGGUUUCUGUUCAUCUGUGAGAUCUGAAUACCUUUGAUUCUGCCCUCUCAUUCUCAACCUUCAUGCCCGUUUCCCAACCUUACUAAAAGACUUGAAGGGAGAAAAAAAGGAAAUAUUUCCCUUCUAUAUCCAUCAUCAAUCAGGUUCCUUGCAAUCCCGAUUCCUGUACUGUUUUGAUCUUUACCAAGCAUGACCAUGCGUGAGCCUGGUGAUGAGUCUGGUUAUCAGAUUUGUAAGCCCAUGUGGAGAUUGAGCAUUUAGCACCUGUAAGAGCUUAAUUCUUGCCAUUGGAUCGAUUGUCGCAACUCCGAAAAACAGAGGUUGGUAAAUAUUUUCUUACAUAUGGCAUUAUAUACGUGAGGAUAUGGCGUAAAUACAGGUUCAAUAUAGCUCAGGUUCAGCUCCUUCAGGGCGGCGGAUCCAUAAGAAUUCACCUAUCCCUAGAACAAAGAAACCUGACUUGAACGAUCCUGUACUAAGAGAUAAAUUGCCUAAAGGAAUGGGACAUGAUUAUUAUGGAUCCCACCUUGCUAAAAGGAUUAAACGAAGAGAAAAAAGGAAAUAUUUCCCUUGCGAUCCUGAGUCUUGCACUGUACUGAUCUUUACCAAGCGCGCAUGAGUCUGGUGGUUUGAAUGCUGGACAGUGUCAGUUUGGCCAGUCGAUCUCUUGGAUUGGGUCUUCUUCUGAUCACAGCCUGGCCUCCAGGAAAUUAUCUUUUUAUCCGAACUUAAAAUCUGGUUUUUAAUAGGCAGCGUCUAGUAUAAGAGACGUUUGCGGUUCAAUCUCGUCUUGAAACUAAUACUAAAAAAACAAGGCAAUAAAAACCCAUUUUCUCUUCGUUUCCUCAGUAAAUAACCCAGAAACGAGAUUUUAUAAUGAUUUCUGAUCUUGUUGCAUUGACUCGCAGAGAGAUCAAGGAGGAGAAAUAUUCCGCCAGGAGAGCCAUCCUCCCCAUGCUUCAGGCCGAAGAGGACGAAAGGUAAAGAAAGCUCCUUCUCUGUCUAGUCCGCUCCCUCCAGUGAAGGACUUCAUGUCCCCACCAUCCUCCUCUUCUGCAGGUUCGUCAAGGAAUGGAAGAAGUAUCUGGAAGAGGAGGCCCGGAUCAUGAAGGACGUGCCCGGGUGGAAGGUUGGGGAGAACGUCUACAACUCCGGCCGGUGGAUGCCUCCGGCGACCGGGGAGCUCCGCCCCGACGUCUGGUGA